CGCAGCAGCAAGCAAACCUAACAUCUCUUCCUCUCUCCUCUCCUCCCUGCGACCCGCGAACCACCCAACCCAACCCAACCCCACCGCAGCCGAAGCCGAAGCCGCGGGAGGGGAGGGAGAUCCCGCCGCCCCCCCAACCACCACCGCCGGCCACCUCGGAUCUCGGCUGCGUGCUGCGGCGGCGGAGGAGGCGGAGAAGGAAGGAGGAGAAGAUGUUCUAUGGGGCGAUGGUGUGGGAUCCGUGGCUGAUCGUGUCGCAGAUCGUGUGCCUGCAGUGCCUCUACUACCUCGCCCUGGGCCUCCUCAUGGCGCUCCUCGUCGGCACCCGCGUCCCGCGCCUCACCCUCCUCUACCUCUUCGACUUCGCCACGCUCACCCCGCGCACCACCACCGGAUGGUGCGUCAUCGCCGCCUUCCUCCUCGCCGCCGCCGCCGGUGCUGCUUUCAUGCUUUAUGUGAUUGAGAGAGCUAAGAAGUGCCUGGACUUUGCAGCCACCCUCUACAUCAUUCAUCUGUUUAUUUGCAUUGUUUAUGGUGGAUGGCCAGCUUCAGUUACAUGGUGGGUUGUUAAUAUUGCUGGUUUGGCGAUUAUGUCUCUUCUUGGUGAAUACCUAUGUAUAAGGCGGGAAUUAAAAGAAAUUCCAAUAUCACGGCUUCGUGCAAGUGUUUAAUCUUACAGACUAAAGGAGUAUAGAUGGCCUUCAAAUGUUGUUACCCCCCAAGAGAUGCUUGUUAAUAUGUUUCUUUAGGAAUACAAAGACUCGUGAUACAUGCUUUCCUCUAUGGUUUACGACCAAUACUCUUCAAACCUGCAAAUUGAUGCAUGAUCUCCCAGUAAAGCCACCAGGUAGAGACUGACAGAACAAAUCAAGGGUUCUGAGACCAAGCAUAGAAUGCCAACUCAAUUUUUAAAGCAUGUAUCAACUAUUCAAGUCUUCUCUUCUCUAUGGAUAGUCUCAUUGAAUUGACGAAAAAAGAGAUUACUUGACAAUUUGUAUGGCUAGAUACCAGCACCUUGAAACCUGUGUUCUUUAGCGAGGGUCUGUAUCGCACCAUUCGAUUCUUCUUUAGCUUUAUCCUGCAGAUAAUAUAUCCAGUUUCCAGUGCUUCCUCUUAAGCUCAUUCCAGCAGAGUUCAGUUUGGCGGCCAAUCACAUGACUACUCGAACCUCCAAAUCAUGCUGUCCUUCUGAACAUGUAUGUCAAUAUAUGUGCCCUGUGUGUAUUGCGUCAGAGGUGUUGACAUGAGUUGGUUAAAAAUACAUGCUUGAUACGAAAUUGUAAUUUCCAUCGCAGGUGAACUCGGGCAAAAAUUUUAAAAUCCCUUGUGGGUUCGCACUUUUUUUUUC